AAAUGAAGGAAAUCAUAGCUGCAGUCCAUGAUGUAGCUGGGUUUAACCAUGAGCAACACACGUUCAGUGUGCCAUCAUUGUCCCUGAAACUCGGUCACACUCUGAAAAAGUGUGCUAUCAUCUUGAAAGCACAGGCAUUGGAAACUGGGGACAAGGAUAAAGAAUCACUGGCCGUGAAUUUCAAGCAAUUGUGUGAGUGCACUUGGGAAGUGCAGGUUUCCACUCAUGCUUUAAGAACAUUAGGGAAUGCCAAGCGAAACAACCCAAUGGUGCUCCCGACUAAUGCAGAUGUUGUUCGGAUAACACAGUACUUAAAUGAUUUUGGUGCAAAGCAACUGAGACUGCUGUGUGAUAAUGACAGCUUUGACAAAGAUGCUUGGAACUUGCUCAGUGAAGUGACCCUUUGCCAGUUGAUAAUAUUCAACAGGCGCCGUCAAGGGGAGGUGUCAAAAAUGAAGGUUGAUGACUUCAUGAAGAAACACAAGGCAAAACCAGAUGGGAUGUGUUUAUUAAGCAAGGUUGAGCAAGGUCUUUGUCAGAUGCUAGAAGUUGUUGAAAUUGUGGGGAAAAGGGGAAGGACAGUGCCUGUGUUGUUGACUCCAGAAAUGACCGAAAAGAUGACUGUGCUGUUAGAGAAGAGAGAACAUGCAGGGGUAGUAGCAGACAAUGACUACAUGUUUGCCCGUUCCAAUUACCAAAGUUUGGGUUACAUCAGAGGGUCAGACUGCCUUCGAAAGCAUGCUUCACUAGCUGGUGCAGCCAAUCCACAAUGCUUGAGGUCAACUAAACUCCGGAAACAUAUCGCAACUGCUUCCCCAGGUAGCAAGCCAACGUUGGUCCAACGUUGCACCAACGUUGUCAAAUACGGAUGA